AAGCGAGCGGUCCGCGCGCGUCCAGUCCCGAGGCCGACGCCAGCUCGCCCGCAUGGCCCCCGCAGCGGCGUCGGGUGGCAGCACCCUGCCCCGCGGCUUCGCGGUCUUCACCACUUUCCCGGACCUGCUCUUCUUCUUCGAGUUUCCCAUCAAAGGGAAAAGCGAAGGACAGACCGGCUGGGAGUGAAGAGAGACCCCGGGAGUGCAG